UCGUUGCUAUCAGGUGCGCCUCAUGCCACCAUCCAACCUUACCAGCUCGAUCCCAGCAACAUUUGUGCUGGUUGGCAUCCCGGGCAUGGAGGAGCUGCAUGUGUGGCUGUCCAUCCCCUUCUGCUCCAUGUACCUGGCUGCCCUGCUGGGGAACGGCAUCCUGCUGCUGGUCGUGAGGGCAGAGCAGAGCCUCCAUCAGCCCAUGUACCUCCUCCUGUGCAUGCUGGCUGCCGCCGACGUGAUGCUGUCCACCACCACCGUGCCCAAGAUGCUGGCCAUCUUCUGGUUCCAGGCUGGGGAGAUCUCCUUCGGUGCCUGCCUGACGCAGAUGUUCUUCCUGCACUUCAGCUUCUCAAUGGAGUCCGCCGUCCUGCUGGCCAUGGCCUUCGACCGCUUCGUGGCCAUCUGCCACCCGCUGCGCUACGCGGCCGUGCUGACCCCCACGGCCAUCAUCAAAGCGGGGCUGGGGGCCGCGCUGCGCAGCUUCUGCAUCAUCUUCCCCUGUGUGUUCCUGCUGCGGCGGCUGCCGUUCUGCGGGCACAGCGUGGUCCCGCACACCUACUGUGAGCACAUGGGCAUCGCCCGCCUGGCCUGCGCCGACAUCUCCGCCAACAUCCUCUACGGCCUCGCCGUGCCCUUCGCAGCCGUCGUGCUGGAUGUCGCCCUCAUUGCUGCCUCCUACGUCCUGAUUCUCCUGGCAGUAUUCAGACUCCCAUCCAGGACAGCCCGCUCCGGGGCUUUUAACACCUGCAUCUCCCACGUCUGUGUUAUAUUCCUUUUCUAUAUUCCUGCCUUUUUCACCGUGUUAACGCACCGCUUUGGGGGGGAAAUCCCACGCCACGUCCACAUCCUGCUGGCCAACCUCUACGUGCUCUUCCCCCCCUUGCUGAACCCCAUCGUGUACGGCGUGCGGACACGGCUGAUAAGAGAGAAGGUGGUGAAGAUGCUCCUCCGCCCCACCACGCAUCUGCUGCGGGAAUGAGAGCCACGUGUAAGGAAUGCCUCGGUGGGGCUCCAAGAGCCCAGAUCUCCCCUAGAACCAUUUUGGGCACCGUGAGGAAAUCUGCAGCCCCACACACAGGACACCCCACAUCCCCACCCUGAAUUCCCCAGCGGUCUGUUAAGAUGUCCCUGAAGAUGUCCCCCCAUCUGAAGAUGUCAAGAAAAGAGCAGACGUGGCACUGAGGGUUGCGGUCAGUGGGCAUGGUGGGCAUGGGUUGGGGCUGGGUUUGGAGAUCUUGGAGGUCUUCUUCAACCUCAGUUCUGUAAUUCAGAUUCUGUAAUUCUGUGUAACCAGAAGCCAAAUGCCAGGCCCUCUGGUUGGCUGCAGAAAGAGGGUGCCCACGGAGGGGAGGACCCACCCCAGCAGUGCCACCCAUGGGACCCGCAGUGAGGAUUCCACUGUGGUGUGAUGGAGAUCUCGGCGUCUGUGCUGGAGUCAGGGGACAAGGCAAGUAAUAAACCUUCUCUAAUCACAGACACACAAUGGAGCUCACUGCAGGAACCGCUUCUUUAUUAAAAAGUCACUGAACUAGAAAAGUCUCUAGAAGGAAUAACAGAAA